CAGAAUCACGGGCACUUUCACUUCUUUGUCGUGAAUGAUUAUCUACGCUCCAAAUUAAAAUUAUUUAACCAAUUUCUAGCAAUCUUAAGACUUAUUUUCUGUGUAGAGAUUGUUUUCUAAAUGUCCAUUGGUCAAUGUGGACCCUACAUUGGCGCUUAGAGGCCAACGGCAGCCAUUUGCAAUCAGUUUGCGUACGCGCAUAGUCACUGGGCACUUGGACUACCGGUAGUUCCGUGCCUGCGCAGCGCGUCCUUCCGCCAAUGCUCGUCCUCAAGCCAAUACUGCACAAAGUAUUUAUUCAUUUUUGCUUUGGUGACUUUUCACGUGAGCUUCAUUAAAAAGGCACGUUCGUCCAUUACAGGAUACUGUGCAACAUGUCAGAGACAGUUAAAUAUGUUGAUGAUGAACACAAGACCAUCUUUUUGAAGAUACUCAACGAGCAAAGAUUGGAAGGUGAACACUGUGAUAUUGCUGUGGUUGUUGAAGAUGUAAAAUUCAGGGCACAUCGAUGUGUUUUGGCUGCUUGCAGCAAUUACUUUAAAAAGCUUUUUAAGAAGCAUGAGGUAGACAACUCCUCUGUCAUAGAAAUUGAUUUCAUCCGCUCAGAUAUCUUUGAAGAGGUCUUAAAUUACAUGUACACAGCUAAGAUAUCUGUGAAGAAAAAAGAUGUCAAUUUGAUGAUGUCUUCUGGUCAGAUUCUUGGAAUUAGGUUUUUGGACAAGCUUUGUUCACAGAAACGCGACCUUUCUCCACCUGAGGAGAAGACUGACCAAAUGAAUGCCAAGUAUGCCUAUGACAUUGUCAAAAUAACUAUACCCAGUGAGGAAUCUCAAGAGAACCGUGACCAUGAUGUACAGGUCCUUGGGGACCACGAAGACAAUCCUACGGAUGACAUAGUCGAGGAGCCACAUGCUAACCAAGAUUUGGACAAAUCCCCCAACAGCGCACUUAGGGUGCAGGAAGCGAUUCUGAAGGAGCUGGCCACCGAGGACGUUCAUAAGGUGAGCUGUUACGAUCAAGAGGUAGAAGCCAUGGAGACUGAGCCAAAAGACUUGGGCUCACAUGGUCCUCAGACUCUUACGUUUGCUGACAGCAUCGGCGAAGUCAAAGAUGAGCAGCCGCCAGGAUGGACGACUGCAGCCAACGACAUGAAAUUUGAGUAUUUGCUUUAUGGGCAUCGGGAUCAGCUCGCAUGCCAGGUGUGUGGCAAGACAUUUAUCGACGAGAACCGCCUGAGGAAACAUGAAAAGCUUCACUCUGCCGACCGGCCCUUCAUCUGCGAGAUAUGUACGAAGGCCUUCACCACUCAGGCCCACCUCAAGGAGCACUUGAAGAUACACACGGGUUUCAAGCCGUACCGCUGCGAAAUGUGCGGGAAGUCCUUCAUCCGUGCGCCGGACCUGAAGAAGCACGAGCGGGUGCACAGCAACGAGCGACCGUUCGCCUGCCAAAUGUGCGACAAGGCCUUCAAGCACAAGUCCCACCUGAAGGAUCACGAGCGCCGGCACCGCGGAGAGAAGCCUUUCGUCUGCGGCUCCUGCACCAAGGCCUUCGCCAAGGCCUCAGACCUAAAGAGGCACGAGAACAACAUGCACAGCGAGCGGAAGCAGCUACCCGGCGGCGCCCUGCAGAGUGAGACCGAGCAACUGCAGGCAGCCGCUAUGGCAGCCGAGGCGGAACAGCAGCUGGAGACGAUGGCGUGCUCGUGACGGCGACUGCUCUGCCUGCGAGGCAGGGGGCCACCGUAGCUCACACACAGUCUCAUUUUGUCUUAGUUUCUUCUGGAAAGUGCUCUGAUUAGAACCAUUUUAACAUUGGAUUUACUCUUUAAGAAAUUCAUUCUAGUGAUUGAAUGCAUAGCAUUUGUAUCUCUGAAAUGUCUUUCCUAUUCUUUUGCUGGGGUUAGGUUUCUUGUUUAGCAUUUAAGAUUUUUUUUUCUCAUAAUGUUUUAGGUGAAAGAAGAGUUUCUUUGGCAUAGAUCAUACCAAAGCUGUGUCACAUUUUCAGGCAGUCUCAUAUCUAGGGCUGCUUAGCCUUAACUUGGUUUACAAUAUAUGUGCUGUUAUACAGUACCAAUUUUAUCAUCAGAAAUUUGUAAAUAAGUCUAAUUUGUAGCAUUAAUGAGAUGAUUAACAUAGAUGCAUACUGUAUAGAUUGAUAUGUAUUUCAGCUUAAGUUUUAUGUGUGAUCCCAAGAUGUAUGUACUAGCUGAGGUGUGCAAUGGGGGAAAUAAACACAAACGAACGCUUAAACGACGCACUUUUAAAUGUCUGCUGUACUAAAACCCACCUGCUACUUUUGUUUAUGGUUUAGUUGCGUCCUCUUUAAUGGUUACCAGGUGAGUUAGUUGCACUCACAAGCACCUGCCACCAUGUGCAGUUUGGGUUUUCAGUGUUGCUUGCUGCGCCAAAGAGCCCAUAUUAGAUAUAGGUGAGCAAUGUGCUGUAUAGAAACUAAAAAACAAAAAUUUAUAACACUGAUGAAAUUUUGAAAUUUGCACGACGAGAAGGUUCUCGUUUUGUGGAAGUUUCAGCUUAUGUAGCUUCUGAGUCAGUCAUUCGCACCUUAAUCCACAUUCAUUUAAAAAAGCUUACCUUUUCGCUUGGUAAUUCCACGUCGCAUACGAAAGGUUUAUGUUGAGUUGUUUCCACAAUGGCAUAUAAAAUUCUGUACUCAAAAAGGUUUUUCAUUAAUAAAUACCUGGUUUAGUGUAAUAAUACAGUCCAGUAAUCCAAGUGGAGGUACACACCUGCUUAUUUUAAAAGGAAUUCUAGUACUUAUUUUUUACAUUCACAUUUCUACAAUGGUUUAGAGAUGAAAGAUUGAUUGCUGCCCUAAAUUUAAUUGUAUUUACAUAGAAAAGGAUUUAUCUAUGCAGUUCGGUAAAUACGAGACAGGGGGCUAGGUAAAACAAUCAUGUUUUGAGUGGUGAGUGAUAUGACAGUUUUGUGUAGUAGAAAACCUGCUAAAAUAUAUAUUCAUUCCUAUUUGGUUGGAUUGGUCUUCUCCCACCAUUAUUAAAAAUACAAAGUUUGGCAAAUAAGUUAUUAAUUUCAUGGUUUCAUUAAUUUGACAAAGGGUAAAAAACAUCAUCUCCUUUCAGUAUUAACUGUGCUUCUCCAGUUUGUUCCAAUGUAUAUGCUAUUUUGUGAUUACAUUAUACUUUGUAAAAUUAUGCAUGAGUAAAUCUGUUAUUUAGUAUUCUGCUUUGUGAAUUUGUACUUCACAUAAUCGCAUAGGCUGUAGGUGUCCCUGCACAAGGAUGUCUGGGAAAUGCCAAAAGGAGGAGGAUAAUGACAGUUGUUGGGUGGGAACAUAUUGUGUGUGGUCUGAGAUUAGAUAAAGCACAUUGUCUAAUUUUGUAUGUACCUUUCGAUUACACUGAAAUAUGAAUUAAUAUGUUUAAUAUGUUUCCAAGGUAGAGAGUGAGUUCUGGGGAACAAUGUGCAUGGCAAGAGGAAAAUGUGCUUAUAGAGGGUAAUUUUACUUGCUUUUAACAUUAUUUUUGAGAUGCAGCCUGCUUUGCAGGUAUUUCAACUGCUGCUGUAACAUUUAUAGCGUGUUUCAUUCGAGUACCUGAACGUUAAAGUGCUUUCAAAGGAUCAUGAGGCAUCAGGGAAUUUAUGGCAAAGUUGGUAACAUUUACCUUCACUAUUGAGCUGUAACUGAUUUAACUGUUCAGGUGGAAGGAAGGUGUAUCUAAUGUAUGCUUUCUGUAUCAGUUAUUAAAUAUUACAAUGUUCUUAA